AUGAAGUGCUUCGUUCUUAUCGUAUUAACCUGUGCCUCAGCACUAAACGCUCAGCCAUUUGGCCUUGGUCUUGGAAGACUGGGCAUGGGAGGACUCGGUAUGGGCUUGGGUGUGGGCAACGGUAUUGGCCUUGGAGGUUUGGGCGUAGGCAACGGUAUUGGCCUUGGAGGCUUAGGUGUAGGCGGUAUAGGAAUGGGGGGAUUGGGACUAGGUGGUUUGGGCGUUGGAGGAAUGGGAAACUACGCUAACGGUGGAGGCUAUGGUGGCCAAGAGUUUGGUAGCGGUGCCAGCGGAGUUGGUAACGCAGGUUACCAAAAUUCAGGAGUCGGCGGAUAUCACAAUAUUGGAAGUCACAAUAAUAGGGUUACUUCUAUUAACCAAGCCGAAGACUCUGGUUUCCACAACGUCGGUGGUGGAUCAGCAAUGAACAACGGUGGCUUUGAAGGAAAUGGAUACAACGGUUAUCAAAAUGGCGCUUCGCAAUUCGGGAAUGGUUUCGGGGCUGGCAGUCAAGGAGUUAUGAUAUAA